CCGCCCGGAUAUCCGGCUUGGCCCCGCCUCUCGGCCGCCGGAGCAAUGGCGCUGUGCGAGGGGGUGGCGCGCGGGAGCUCUGGGUCCUGGCCUCGGGUGCUACUCUUCGGAGACUCCAUCACCCAGUUUUCUUUCCAGCAAGGUGGAUGGGGAGCGUCCCUGGCUGACAGGCUGGUCAGAAAAUGCGAUGUUUUGAACCGUGGCUUUUCAGGUUACAAUACUAGAUGGGCCAACAUCAUCCUUCCAAGACUCCUCAGGAAAGGGGACGGUUCGGACAGCCCCGUCGCAGUCACGGUCUUAUUUGGCGCCAAUGACAGUGCGCUAAAAGACGAGAACCCCAAGCAGCACGUCCCGCUGGCGGAGUUCGCGGCCAACCUGAAGAGCAUGGUGCAGCAGCUGCGGGCCGCGGGCGUGCCGGCCUCCGGCCUGGUCCUCAUCACGCCGCCCCCGCUCUGCGAGGCGGCCUGGGAGCAGGAGUGCCUCCGGCAAGGUUCCAAGUUAAACCGCCUGAAUGCGGUAGUUGGUGAAUAUGCCAGAGCCUGUGUACAAGUAGCCCAAGACUGUGGGACUGAUGCCCUUGACCUGUGGACCCUGAUGCAGAAGGACAAUCAGGACUUCUCUUCCUAUUUGUCAGAUGGACUACAUCUGUCACCAAAAGGAAAUGAGUUUGUGUUCUCCCAUCUUUGGCCUCUGAUAGAGAAGAAAGUCUCUUCCCUGCCUCUGCAGUUCCCUUACUGGCGAGACGUAGCAGAAGCCACGCCCGAGCGAAGUCUCCUGGGAGAAGGAGACCAGUAGGCCCAGACCACCAGUUCCGACGGUGACUCCACAGAACAGCCGUCACCGGUGCAGAGAGACCCUGAGAUAAGCGGUCAGAGCGCACGGUCUUCCUCAGGCUUAACUUUGCUCAUGACUCGGAGCAAACGUCAUUAGCACCUGCCACCAAGACUAAUAAAAGCAUUCGCACUUUUCAGGAAAGCUUUGUAGCUGGGGCGCUGUGUUUUGAUAAUAAAUGUGUAUUGAUGGA